UGUCACUUGACUUUGACGGUGACAUUACUUUUUGCGAUACCUAUUCAACGUCAACAAAAAUUAGCAAAAAAAUAUUUGUAUUGGAUGAAUAGACAGAAGGUUAAUUCUAUUAUUUCAUAUUUGGUUUUAAAAGAAAAAUUCGCUUAACUCGUCACAUUGUUGACGUACCUUUGUGAACCUAGUCUAAUAAAACCUAAAAUUUUUGUGUAACGAUUACAACCAACAAAAUAAAAAAAUAUUUCUUUUUACAUUACUCAAAUCAUUAAAAUAUACAUAUCAUCUUCAAAAGAUAACAUAAUCAGUUCCCCUAUGGAGGCAAAACUCAAAGAGUAUCGUGCUAUUCGAAGACGAAAAGAAAUUAUAAAUAACGUAAAAGAAAAGCUGGAAAAAUCAAAAGAGAAAAUUGUAAACUUCAUAAUUCCCGAAACGUUUAGAAAUAUGGAAAAUAAAGGAUAUCGGAAAGAAGAAGAAGUACUAUUGUUAGAAAAUGAGGAAAUACAAGAACCAACAAAACAAAGUCUUAUAAUGGAUGAGUCUAUUGAUGCUACCUCAGAAACUAGUGAAAUCGAAUCUGUCAUAGAAGAAAAUCAAGAAUCCUGGAGAUAUUUCAUAACCAAAUGGUCAAUUUAUGCUCUAAUCUGGAUAACCUUGUAUAUAUACUUCUUAUCAAUACAAUUCGGUGCUGUAUUUUUUGUUAUAUCUGUAUUAAUAGGCAUUUGCUUAAAUACUAGGACAAGACCUAAAAAGAAAGGUGAAGUAUCAGCUUACAGUGUAUUUAAUCAGAACUGUACUAGUAUAGACGGAACUUUAAAUGCAGAAGAAUUACAGAGACAAAUGAUUUAUGGUGUCGGUGGUAUGAAAAUAUUCUGAAAUUUUAAUUGCUAAAUUUGUAAUAAUGAAAAAAAAAUCAUUGAUAUUAAGAAUGUUAUAUUAUUUGGUUAUAUCAUUAGUGUACACUUGGCAAGCUUGUUCUGUGGCUACCAAGUUGUGAUUUAUAAUUCAUAAUAUAACUGCUUUGUUCUACUUUACUCCCAGUCAUCAACCACGACUGCUGAAAUUGCCAUUCUACUUACGUAAAAACGCCACAGGCGUUGUAGGCGAAUUUUAUAGGUAGUACGCAUAUUUAAACGCUGUGUGUUCCCAAUAUGAUGGCAUGAUAAGAACAUGCAGCUGUCCCCACACAUUGCAGAUGUUUAGUGGAACAUACCCAACAUGUAUGUAAAUACAUUAUUUUAUUAAGUAAUGUGAUUUAAACAAUUUUAUAUAUUUUAACAAAUAAGUAAAAAAUA